AUGAACUUCUCGGAAGUUUCCACCACAGCGGGUCCUGGGGCCACUCGGCCCCAUGCCUUGGCUGUUCGUGGCCGGAUUGGGAAACGGCGGAGAGGCUGGCACUGCCCGUGCCCCAACGCUGCCCUGCCUUGUCAAUUUCACGAGGGGGUGGGGGAGCGCAGGACCUAUCCAGGCCGCGUUGGAGGACAGCUCCUCCAGCCCCCACCCACUCCCCGCAGCCAGUCCCAGCCAAGCCCUGAGCUCGGUGUCCGGGUCCACACGGCUACUUGCUGGGGGGAGAUUGAGGCUAAGAACCCGAUAUUAACUCGGCCGGCGCUGGCCAAGGCAAACAGGCCAGAGCAGAGGAGAGGAAAGACGUCUGCAGCCAUGGACGUGCCCUGGGCCCUGGGGCUGCUGCUGGCUCUCCUGGGGGGGACCCUCACCGGCGCUGAACCUCUGUACCUCCUGGUGACACCCCGCGUCCUGAGGAUCGGCAGCCCUGAGAAUGUCCACGUCCAGGCGCACUCGGACUCCAGUCAGCCCCUCACCGGGGCCCUCUCAGUGAACCUCACAGUGUGGGACUUCCCCAGGAGGAAGACGGUGGUGGCCAGGAGGCAACUCGUCCUCUCCCCGGAAAAUGACUUCAUGGACCAGGCGCCUGUGACGGUUCCCGAGAGCCUGGUGUAUCCCCCACAACCAGGGAAGCAAUAUGUUGUCAUCCAGGCAACCUGGACACCCACCUCGGUCUCCUCAUUCAUGGAGAAGUUGGUGCUGGUGGUGCCCCAUGCUGGCUACAUCUUCAUCCAGACGGACAAGACCAUCUACACUCCCGAGCACUUGGUCCAGUACCGGGUGCUCACUGUGAACCACAAGAUGGACCCCGUAACCAAGACAUUCACUCUGGACAUCAAGGUGGCCUCUCCCGACAGGGGGGUGGAUCCGGACACUGGGGCUAACCCAGACGGUGUCACUGUGAUCAGCCAGAGUCUCCUGGCCAAAGAUGGCUUCUUCACCAACUCCUUCCAUCUCCCUGAGCUCGUGAGUUUCGGGACCUGGACCAUGGAAGCCAGCUACCAAAGUGCCACCAAGCAGAGGUUCAAGGCAUCCUUCGACGUGAAGGAAUACGUCCUCCCAUCUUUUGAGGUCCAGCUGACUCCAAACAAGACUUUCUUCCACCCUAAGGAUGAGGCUCUGGGCGUUGACAUCCAGGCCCGGUACAUAUUCCACAAGCCGGUGAAUGGACAUGCACUGGCCAUCUUCGGGGUGACAUUGGACUCUCGCCAGAUCCCUCUCCAGAGCUCCUUGCAGAGAGUGGAGGUCUCCGAAGGCCUGGGUCACGUGUCCCUCCAGAAGACCAUGCUGAUGGCCACAUUCCAAGGCCCAGAAGAGGACUUCAUCGGGGCAUCCAUCUUUGUCAACGUCACCGUGUUCUCCUCAGGGGGUGAGAUGGUGCAAGCUGAGGCCUCAGGGGUGAAGAUCGUCCAGAGACCGUACAACAUCAAGUUCAUCAGGACACCCAAGUAUUUCAAGCCAGGGAUGCCCUUCCACUUCCGGGUCUUCGUCUCAAAUCCUGAUGGGUCCCCGGCCUCCAGAAUCCUCGUCAGCUGCCAAAGCCACAAAGUGUACACCUCCGCCAAUGGGGUGGCCCCUCUGACCAUCAACACAAAUGCAGACCAGGACCAGCUCCCCAUCCUGGUGAAAACAGAGGAGUCGCUCCAACCAGAGGAGCAGGCUUCAGCCGAGAUGACAGCUUGGCCUUACUCAACCCAGGGUGGGUCGGGGAACUUCCUGCACAUAGAGGUAAAGACAUUGGGCACAGAGGUCGGCAGCAGCAUUCAAGUGAGCCUCAACACAAGGCAUCAGGACUCUACAACCAAGGACAAGAUCACUCACUUCACCAUCCUGGUCCUGAGUAAGGGCCAGAUUGUGAGUGCCAAACAUCAAUCAAAAAGCCUGGGGGGUGUCUACACAUCGACCAUUAUUGAUGUGACUUCAGAGAUGCUGCCCUCCUUCCGCAUUCUGGCCUUUUAUUUGCUACCCAGAGGAGUGAGCUUGGACCCUGAGCUGGUGGCUGAUUCCAUAUGGAUUGAUGUGAAUGACAGAUGCAUGGGGACGCUGAAGGUUGGCUUGAAGAAUGAUGGAUUCUUCCAGCCUUUGGAGCCCCACAGCCUGGUGGACCUGAAGGUGACAGGUGAUGCAGAGGCCACAGUAGGGCUGGUGGCUGUGGACAAGGCUGUCUAUGCUUUGAGCAACAAAAACAAGCUCACUCAGAAGAAGGUCUGGGAUGUGGUGGAGGAACAUGAUAUUGGCUGCACAGCAGGCAGUGGGAAAGACAGACUUGCUGUGUUCAAGGAUGCUGGGUUGGACCUGAAAAUCAGCACAGGGAUGGACACCCUGGCGAGCUCAGACUGGCGCUGCCCUCAAGACCCUCCUCCCAGCCGCCGCCACCGCUCCUUGAAGAGGUUGGAAACAAAGAAGAAUGCAGUGAACAAGUUCAAGACAGAGCUGGAGAAAAAGUGCUGUGAGGCUGGCCUCCGUGAGAGCCCGGUGGGACUCUCGUGUGAGCAGAGGGCCCAGCAUGUCCGCUAUGGUCCAGUCUGCGUGACUGCUUUCCUAAACUGCUGCCACUUGUCUGAGAACCUGACUCGGGAAGCUCGGGAGGACCAGCUGCUUCUGGGGACAACGGGUGAAGAUGAGGACUUUGAUGACCUCUUCCUGGAUGAUAAUCUGGUGCGGACCUUUUUCCCUGAAAGUUGGCUCUGGAGGAAGUUUAUUCUGCCGAAAAGUAAAUCAGGCAUCUCCCACUACCCCAUCUCUGUGAACAUGCCAGAUUCCAUCACCACGUGGCAGUUUGUGGCAGUGAGCCUCAAGGCUGGACAAGGUCUCUGUGUCUCGGACCCCUUUGAGCUGACCGUCAGGAAGUCGUUCUUUGUGGACCUUAAGUUGCCCUCUUCCGUGGUCAGGAACGAGCAGGUCCAGAUCCAAGCCGUGUUGUACAACUUCAGGAAUCACCAGGUCAAGGUCCGAGUGGAGUUCCCCCACAAGGAACCGCUGUGCAGCGCGUCGAAGCCGGGAGCUCCAUCCCGCCAGGUAGAGGGCCAGAUACAGAUAAUGUCCCAUAGCAUCCUCCUGAACCCCCAAGGUCAGACCCAGACGGAGCUGGUGCCAAGAAAGGAUUUUCUGAACAUGGUGCCUGACACGCAGGCGGAAGUCUUCAUCAGCGUCCAAGGCUACACCCGGAUGCUCUCCCACCGGAGGCCAGAUGGCACCUAUCACACCUCCCACAGCAGCCCAGGGAGCACCUGGCUCACGAGCUACGUGUUCCGGGUCUUCGCCCUGGCCUACCCCACGAUGACGGCCAGCGUGCUGGACUUGCCGACCAUCUGCGCCCUCGCCGACUGGGUCAUCACCCAGAGGCAGGCGGAGGACGGGCACUUCCUGGAGGAGGGCCCAGUGGUCAUGACGUCCAUGCAGGGUGGCUACCAAGGUGCUGAGGCAGACGUGUCCCUCACGGCUCUUGUCCUGAUUGCCCUGGAUGAGGGAAAGGAAUUGUGCAACCAGAAGAAAUCGAAUCUGACCGCCAGCAUCGAGCGAGCCCGGGGCUUCCUGGAGACAGAGCUCCCCCAAAUCCAGACAGUCUUUGCCAUAGCUAUUGUCUCCUACGCGCUGGCUCUGGCCAACAGCCCCAAAGCCAAUGACCGCCUGGACCAUUUUGCAAGCCAUAGUGAGUGCGGGGCCCUUCCCAGCCAACUGGGCAUUUACUACACUCACAAAACCCACUGGCAAGUGGACGAGCAGAGCCUGGGCUCCCUGUACACCAUUGAGGCGACGGCCUACGCGCUAAUGCAGAAGCUGCAGCUGGGUCGCUACAACGAGACGCACGCCAUUGCCAAGUGGCUCCUGGAAAAGCGCGAGCUGGGAGGAGGCUUCGGGUCCACCCAGACCACGGUGGUGGCCCUCGAAGCCCUGACCCGCUUCCGCAAAGCUGUGCCCUUCGAAGGCGUGCAGGACCUCCGCGUCCAGAUCAGCGCCCCCAAGAGAGCCUUGAACGUGGAGUGGUUCGUUGAUCACAGCAAUGCCUACCAGCAGCGUUCAGCAAAGUUUUUUGCCCAGGAUGACCUAGAGAUCAGAGCCAGCGGCAGCGGGAGAGGCACCAUCUCGAUCCUGACCAUGUACCACAGGUCCCCAGAGUCCUGGGAGGACACCUGCCACCUGUACCACCUGAAUGUGACUCUGGAAAGCGUCCCAGAAGAAAACAAAAAGGGCGAGGAGACCUUUCGGCUCCGGAUGGAGACAAGGUUCCAGGGCAGCCGAGAGGCCACAAUGACCAUCUUGGAGGUCUCCCUGCUCACCGGCUUCUACCCCAACCAGGAUGACCUUAAGCAGCUCACGAGCGACGUGGAGAUGUACGCCUUCCAGUACGAGACCAAGACAAGCUCCAGCGACAGCACGGUUGUCCUCUACCUGGAGAAGCUCUCGCAUGAGGAGGACACGGUGCUGGGCUUCCGCGUCCACAGAAUGCUGCACGCCGAGUUCCUGCAGGCCGCCCUGGUCACCGUCUACGACUACUACGAGCCUUCGCGGAGGUGCAGCGCUUUCUACAACCUGCCCUCAGAGCGAUCUUCCCUGCGAAAGAUCUGCCACAAAGACGUCUGCAGAUGUGCCGAGGGCACAGACCCUGCCACACCCCUCACCAGCAAGAAAUUCAUCUGCCACGCCACCUGCCAGGACUCCCUGGGGUUGCAAGAACAGGCGUCUUUCCUCAUCAUGGGCCGGACGUCAGACCUAUGGAAAGUCAGAUCUGAUUACACCUACGUCCUGGGCAAGGAGACAUUCCUCAUGCUCUGGCCAGCGAACGGAGAUGCAACCCAGAAGGACCUGCUGGACCGACUGGAGGAAUUUUCAGAAUAUAUGAGCACCCAUGGUUGCAAGUCCUGA